AUGGCUGUUAUCCUGAUGGCUGCAAUAGCCACUCUGUGGUCAGCCCGCACGCUUUCUCCAUGCUAUUCUGCUGACCUCAGGCCGGCAUCAGAGAGACUUGUCUCGGCUGUGGGCUGCACUGUGCUUCUGACGGUACCGCCACUAAAGGCCAGCAAAGUUGUCGCCUGGGAAUACAAAACUGGCCCGUGGGAAGGUGUCAUUGUCAGUUCUGCUCCUGAUAGACCCACCAACACGUCACGCCCCUACGAGAAUCGCACGAGGUUCAAUGAAACGGACUUCUCACUGCAGAUCGUGCUGCAGCGGGAAGAUGACGGGCUGUACCGGUUCAGGUCCGAGUCAGACGCCACGGACUGGUUCCAGCUGCGCGUUGUUGAACCGCUGUCCGAGCCAGAAAUCGUGGGCAAUUCAUCAGUGAAGGCAGGAGGCAACACCAAACUGGUUUGCAAUGUCCUGGACGGGAAGGCAGACUUGUACUGGUGGAAGAAAAAUGGGGAGCUGCUGCUGGGAAGCGACCACAUCCAGUUUGUUGACAACACCACCCUAUGCAUUGUUAAAGCGUCAAUGAAUGACAGCGGCUACUAUGCUUGCGUGGUCCGCAACGAAGUCAGCCAGAAUGAAACCUCCUUCCUGCUCCAUGUCCAGAAUGCUGCGAACGUGGUGUUGCCCAUGAUCCUGGCAUGUAUUAUUGUUGGCUCGCUUGCAGGUGUCUUCGUCUGGUGCAGGACAAGGGACUGCCCAUGUCACAAUGUCUGUCGGUAGAGAGCUUGAGUGGCUGCGGCCUUGCUGCCUUCCCUGAUGGUGGUGGUGGUGGAUUCUGCCUGGGGAGCACUGGAUGUCUGAUGCUGUCCCAGCCUCUUCUGGGGUCACCUCUGAAUUGCUCAAGCUGUUGAACCCAACAAAUAUUUUUUUUGUAAAACACUGUCUUGGACUAUUUCUACGUCAUCCUGCUUUUCCCCAGGGCCCUUGCACAUCCCUGGGGGAGAGGUGGGCAUGGCCACACCUAGUGGCCCUGCUGCUGUGCUCCAGACCUCCUUACCUCUCCUGGCUUCCUCCAGAGACCGUGGGGAGUCAGUGCUUGCAGAUGGGCUGACGGCUCUGGAAAGAGCUGCCAUCCCCAGUGGUGGCUGCUGGGGGGUGCUGCGGUGCCAGCCCCUGCCUCCCCAGGGCUUGAGCCCCUCACUGCGGCCUCCGGGUGUGCUGCUGUGCCUGGGAAUUGCCAGGGCAGCUCAGGGGCUGAGACUGUGGGCAUUCUACUCAGUUUGGUCCUCAGAGGGAGGAAGAAGGGCAGGAUUUUGCUGUUGUGUGCACUGGGGAGUCCAGGAGAUGAGUGGAGUCAGUAGAAGGUGGCAGGGAAUGUAGGAGCCGUAAAGUAGUUUUAUUUUAGAAAGGAAACCCCAAAGAAGUCCUGGUUAUGUUAGAACAGUGACGCAGCCUUGCAUGGGAGAUGUAGGGAUGCUCCUGAGCCCACUCCUCUGUCCUCCAGCCUUGGGCUUUGGUGAGAUCUGGGGACGUCCCCUCCUCUUCCAAGCACUAGCCAUCUGUGUCGUAUGAGUGCCGAUGCAAGCUUGUCCUUCCCUUUUGCCCCUCCUGAAGGUGAUGGUAGACUUGGACUGGUUUGCUAUGGCCAGGGCAGCCCUAAUUCCAGGCCCUUAGUCCUGUCGCCUCCCUUCCCCAUGCUGCUUCUGCAAAGCUCUCCUGGGCUUUGCUUGUGAAGGGGUCAUUAUUCCUUCUUGUAGCCAAAAUUAUUUAGCCUGGUAGCAUAACUGGCAUCUUCACCCUGGAGAAAACAGGAUGCUCUCCCAGGAGUGCUGGACCUCACAAAGUGCCUUGCUGAUGGUUAGAUGGGGGCAUUUGUACCCCUCUUUCAUUCUGAUGGGGACAACCCCAGGUCCAGCACCCUGUCUGAGCUGGUCCCCAGCACCGCUGUGGGGGCAGGUGUUUCAGGUACCCUCAUCUAGGUAUUGGGUGGUCAUUUCUUUCCCAGAGCAGCUGGUGUCUUGGGGACCUCCUCUUGCUUCGAGCCAUGGUCAGCACAUGGUGAGCAGUAUGGGUGGAUGUUUCUGUUGCUUGGGUCUUGCCUGUAGACCUGCUUCUGCAGCAAAGGGCUUUCUUGGCCAGGGAGCAGUGGGUUUCCCUCUCCUUGGAGUUACUGGAGAAUAGAAGUGCAUCCAGGAGAGGCUCAAAUCGUAGCCCAUGGCGUGAGCAGUAGCUGAGCUCUCUUACGCCUCUGCUCUGGCAGACAGUGCAGCAUGGCUCUGUCCUGGGGAGAUAACUGGGAUAUAAAGGAACUGGCAGCCAAGGGCCAUCUCUCAGCCUGGCAUUUCAUGUUGCAAUUAAAGCAUUAAAGGAAACCAAGCAGUUUGGGUCGAGUAAACUAGAUUUCAACCUCUGUUUUAAGCUGCAUUGCAGAUUCCUUGUUGCACUUGCAGGUAUAAAACAAAUGAAGCCACGUUUUACAAAAGAUAGUUCUCUAAACUUUUCAGAGAGUUGUCUGUAAAUCAUUUUGGAGACCUUGUGUUGUUUUAGUAUGUGUUGCUACUAAUAAAAUUGCGUGUGUUAUCCCAGUUGAUAUUGUUGUGAUCUUCAAUGGUGGGA